UCCCGACAUGAGUUCUACAGGGAUUUUCCUACAAAUAGUUUAGUUAAAUUUGUUUGUGUGACGUAGACGUCAGCAAUAUAUUUUCCUGUUCCCAGCUCAAAGAAUCAACGCAUUGAAGGUAAAAUUUACCUGUAUCUUCUUCAUCCAUGUCCCCGAUGCACAAUUUUAACACUUCGUUUUAAGUUAUUGCAUUCUGUUUAGCAUCAUCCACUGUUGCGCCAUUCUGCCGUCGUCUUUCCCAUGAUUUUGCUCCGUUUCCCGCCAUCAGCACUCAGAGCUAAAAAGAUCCUUUUAGCAGUUUCAGUGGCCAAUAUUUCACUAAUAUGGUUGCUCUUCAUUCGUCUUGACGAUCUCAAUAUAAGCACAUCGCCCAGAACGCAUGAAUUAGUUAAUCGAAGAAAUAAAACUAUUCUGAUAUGGAACAACCCGGAAAUUCUCGACACUUCUACCUUCGGCGAAGGACACGAGCCUUUCAUCAAGAAUCAGUGUCAAGUCUCAGAUUGCAUAGUUUACUACAACUCUUCGUCAUUGCCCCUCGAAGAGUACGACGCCAUUUUAAUCCACAUGCACGAAUUGAAUAAGACUGAAAUGCCAACUUUUCUUCGACGCAACAACCAACGCUUUGUUUUUCUCACCCAAGAAUCACCCGACGUGAUGACCACCCUCAACGUGACGACAAUGGACAAUGUGUUCAACUGGACAAUGAGUUAUAAAUUCAAUUCAGAUAUUCAAAUGCCUUACGGACGCAUCCGUCUGAGAUCAACAGCUCCAAGAAAUCCAGCAGAGACGCAGCAAAGAAUUAAAGAAAUGCAAUGGGCUAAAAAUUAUGCGGCCAAUAAAACUCGAUUAGUUGCUUGGAUGGUAUCCCAUUGUGAAACACCCGGCCAUAGAGAGAGAUACGUCGCCCAGUUGAAAAAAUUUAUUCCAGUCCACAUCUACGGUUUGUGUGGCAAUUUUAGAUGUCUUCCAAGCAGCAUUUACCAAUUCAUAUCCGGUCCGGAAUGUUACGCGAUGCUGGAAUCCAAGUAUAAAUUCUAUUUAUCUUUUGAAAAUUCCAUCUGCAAUGAUUACGUCACUGAAAAGUUUUUUGAAGCAAUGAAUCGUCGAUUGAUACCCAUCGUCUACGGUGGUGCAAAUUAUAGCCAAAUCGCCCCCGUUCAUUCUUACAUCAACGCAUUGGAAUACAGUCCUGAAGAAUUGGCCAGCUAUCUCAAAAUUCUAGACGCAAACGACACGCUGUACAACGAAUUUUUCUGGUGGAAAGAUCACUACGACGUGGAAAGUCAUAUAAGGCAAAUGAGUCGUCAUAGUUUCUGUGAUUUAUGCAAAAAACUCCAUCAAGAUGAAGGUGUAACCAAAUUCUACCCGACUCUCGAGCAAGAUUGGCUCCCUAGAACACAGUGCAAACGAAUUUCAAGGAAAUGUUCCAUCAUUCUGAAGCCUUCUGAUUGAUUUAGAUUCGUUAUAAACUGCUAAU